AUGAAUAGCACACCGACGGAAACCAAUACAACAAAAAAACACGAAGACGGCUACAUAUCAGCCGAAAGAAAACUACCGAAAGCUGGAUAUAAUCACGAUACGUUUAGAGUCAUGUAUAAAGAUUAUGAUGAAGAUAUUGACUGUGGGAUUGCCGAAUUAUUAUUGGAGAUAUGGAGAUUCGGGCUGUCUACUCACAAUUCAUGUGAGUGUCAUGGUGAUUUCAACGAGAUAUGGAUUCAAUUUGCAUCAGAAGAUGAUUUAAUGGCAUUCGUGAAUGCAGUAGCCGAAGAUUACAAAAUGGACGAACUUAAGUUUAAUCAUGUUUUGCCGAGGUUCAGAUAUGGUAUUCAAAUAGUUGAUGAUAAUGAAGACUAUUUAGAGAAUGAUGAACCUAUUCACAAAGGUGAUCGUCCAUGUUAUGCUCCAUUUGGCUACUCUAUUUCGUUCAAUCGCGAUCAUUAUCCUAUGGUAUUAAAUCAAAUAAAAAAAGCAAAAGAGAAAGCUAGUUUAGCAUAG